AAAUACAAAUAAUAACAAAAAUGAAGAUUAUCAUGUAAUAUAUACCUUGUAUAGGAAUAUUAUUUCCAUAUAAACCACUACAUUAUUCAUUAUUUCUCCAUUUCUCUUCCCUUUUAUUUCCUUGAGAUAAAAAAAAAAGUAUUACUAUAUCCAAGAUAAACUACUUUACCUAACCCUUAAAUUUAAAGUCUCCUAAUCUUUAUAUAUAACUAAUUUUCCAAGAGUCCUAUAUAUAUAUAUAAUAUAUGGGCAUAAUUUCUUGCUAUGAGUUUUUCUCUCUCUUCAAAUUGUGCUGCUUUCUCUCUCCUCCUCGCCGCUGCAAACACUCUCUCCCUCCUCCUACAGAGUCUAACAAGAUGACGAUUGAAACAGUAGAUUCAGAUCCACCUGAUACUGAUACUGACUCGGAGCCAUUUGUGGAGGUAGAUCCCACGGGAAGGUACGGUCGUUACGACGAGCUCCUAGGGGCGGGUGCCGUAAAAAAAGUGUAUAGGGCAUUUGAUCAAGAAGAAGGCAUAGAGGUGGCAUGGAACCAAGUUAAGCUGAAACAAUUUUUGGGUGAUGAGUCUAUGAUAGACAGGUUAUUUUCUGAGGUGAGGCUAUUAAGGAGUUUGAAGAACAAAAAUAUAAUUGCCUUGUAUAGUGUUUGGGAGGAUAAGACACAUAAUACACUAAACUUCAUAACUGAAGUUUGUACCUCUGGAAAUUUAAGGGAGUAUAGGAAGAAACACAAACAUGUUUCUUUAAGGGCAUUGAAGAAAUGGUCUAAGCAAAUUUUGAAAGGGUUGGAAUAUUUGCAUACUCAUGAACCUUGUAUUAUACAUCGGGACCUCAAUUGCAGCAAUCUUUUUGUCAAUGGUAACAUUGGUCAGGUCAAGAUUGGUGAUUUGGGUCUAGCAGCAAUAGUAGGAAAGAGUCAUAUUGCACAUUCCAUCUUGGGUACACCAGAAUUCAUGGCGCCGGAGCUUUAUGAAGAGGACUACACCGAGAUGGUCGAUAUCUACUCAUUUGGGAUGUGCCUAAUUGAAUUGGUAACUAUGGAAAUUCCUUAUAGUGAAUGUAAUAAUGUGGCUAGAAUUUAUAAGAAGGUAACGUCUGGGUUAAGACCACAGGCCUUUAACAAGGUCAAGGAUUUAGAGGUGAAGACAUUUAUAGAGAAGUGCCUAGCUCGACCGAGGGCAAGGCCCUCAGCGACAGAGCUCCUCGCGGAUCCUUUCUUUGAUGAAAUUAUUGAUGAUGACGAAAAUGAUGAAGAAGCGUAGUGUGUGUUUGGAUCAACUGGUAAAGAGUUGUUCUAACUAAAGUGUAGUGUGCAGUGUGCUCGAGCCCGCUGACGUUUCAGACCCUAAUUUGGAAAUUUCAAAGUUUGGUAGGCUUUGAAUUAACGGGUGGUUAUUAAAAAAAUUGUUGAAGGAGAACAUGGAUUUAAGUCUUGCGUGGAAUUUUAGGAGUUAGUUGAGCCUCCAAAUUUUAUUUUUUUUAUGAAUUGUAUUGGCAAGUUAUGUAAUAUUUGUUUGAUCCAAGUUCUUGUAUACAGAGAAAAAGGGUUUUUCUAAAGGUGGGUAAUAAAUGGUUUGUUAGAUUUUGCAAGGGGUGGUGCAAGAAAAUAUAUCUCUGGAAUUGCUAAUUGUAAAUAGAAUUUACCAGAGAUUAUUUGAAUGAUAUUUUCUUGUGUGUGAAA